CAACAUGAGAUUGGGAGCUGAAUUCUAGAUGAUUGCCAGCAAAUGGAAAGCGAACCUCAGACAGAUCGGACAAACUCACAAUAAUCGAGAAUUACUAUACGAUGCGACUAUUAUGGCUAUGUUGUACUUUAGUAGUUGCUACCAUUCUAAUCUCUCAGCCCGAAGGCAGUCAAGGAGGUCGUGUCAUCUACUAUAAUACCAUCAGUGCAAAUCAGACCGUUAAGAAUGUCACCGAGGAGGCGAUGCUACUGAGUGUGAAUCGUUCACACUGUCGUCGUGGCUUUAUGCACGAUCACCAUGGACGCUGCCGGCGGAUUGUUUAGAUCCGAUGGCCUGCCGUUUCAUUCAUUAUCAGAGCCCAUAAAAUAUUUAUCAGUGUAACUACGUCACAUUAUCACGUGUAGAUUGGUCUUGGCGCUUGGUGUUUAGUUCUUGGAGGUUGCCGUGUCGUGUCAGGGGAUGGAAACGGUUAGAUAUAAUGAUGAAAUAAUUAUAGUGAAUUGUGAACUUUCAUCGAGUCGCGUAAAUGGCAACUGGUAACUGGCAAAUGGCAACGGGCAACGUGUUCUGUAUGUUCAAAAACGAUAUCAAGAUACAACUACAAGAUACAAUUGAGGGAGGCAAACACAGAUAAAGUCAAUGUCUGUCUCCCUCGCUCAAACACACACACACCAACACACGCUGCCUCUCUCUCUCUCUUCUGAGUCAUUGGGCUAUUUCCAAAUGUUUUGGUUGCCAUUUGGUCACAUUUUUCGGGAAAUUUCAGUAUGAAACCCAACUGAUAACAACCGCCUAAAUCUAACAGCGUAAAAUCUGUGACGUUGCAUAUAUUUACCAGGAAAACGUUUAUGAGAAAAUCACAGCUGGGCUACACUAGUCAGAGUCCAAACGAUGAAAUCAACAAUUAUAAUCAAAGAAUCAGACAAAAUCAAAAAAAUGUUCGUGGACGCGUGGUAAGUUGUCAUCCAUAGAAAUUGUCUGUUUGUUUUUUUUUUUUUGAUGAAAUUGUCGAUAUUCCCUUGAAUUUUGAAUGAAUAAGCAAACUGAAAAAAAACACUUAAAAAGAAGAAAAUACACUUGUAUCUAGAUUCGCAGACCGCCUAAAUAAUUAGCCUCUUUAGUUUUAUUGACCCAAGAUUAUGAUAUAAGCCGACAUUUUUACUACCUCAUCUGUAAUAUAAUUUUACUUCUCUAAUAUAAUUUUAAUCCUUUUAG